UGCAGUGAAGGUUCUUCAGCAGGGGAUGGACUCCUGGAUUGCUGCAGUGAAGGUUCUUCAGCAGGGGAUGGACUCAUGGAUUGCUGCAGUGAAGGUUCUUCAGCAGGGGAUGGACUCCUGGAUUGCUGCAGUGAAGGUUCUUCAGCAGGGGAUGGACUCCUGGAUUGCUGCAGUGAAGGUUCUUCAGCAGGGGAUGGACUCCUGCACCCAUGUAGUGAAGGUUCUUCAGCAGGGGAUGGACUCUUGGAUUCCUGCAGUGAAGGUUCUUCAGCAGGGGAUGGACUUCUGGACUGCUGCAGUGAAGGUUCUUCAGCAGGGGAUGGACUCUUGGAUUCCUGCAGUGGAGUUUCUUCAGCAGGGGAUGGACUCCUGGAUUGCUGCAGUGAAGGUUCUUCAGCAGGGGAUGGACUCCUGGAUUGCUGCAGUGAAGGUUCUUCAGCAGGGGAUGGACUCCUGGAUUGCUGCAGUGAAGGUUCUUCAGCAGGGGAUGGACUCCUGGAUUGCUGCAGUGAAGGUUCUUCAGCAGGGGAUGGACUCCUGCACCCACGCAGUGAAGGUUCUUCAGCAGGGGAUAGACUCCUGGAUUGCUGCAGUGAAGGUUCUUCAGCAGGGGAUGGACUCCUGGAUCGCUGCAGUGAAGGUUCUUCAGCAGGGGAUGGACUCCUGGAUUGCUGCAGUGAAGGUUCUUCAGCAGGGGAUGGACUCCUGGACCGCUGCAGUGAAGGUUCUUCAGCAGGGGAUGGACUCCUGAACCCAUGUAGUGAAGGUUCUUCAGCAGGGGAUGGACUCCUGGAUUGCUGCAGUGAAGGUUCUUCAGCAGGGGAUGGACUCCUGGAUUGCUGCAGUGAAGGUUCUUCAGCAGGGGAUGGACUCCUGGAUUGCUGCAGUGAAGGUUCUUCAGCAGGGGAUGGACUCCUGGAUUGCUGCAGUGAAGGUUCUUCAGCAGGGGAUAAACUCCUGGACUGCUGCAGUGAUGGUUCUUCAGCAGAGGAUGGACUCCUGGACUGCUGCAGUGAUGGUACUUCAGCAGUGAUUGGACUCCUGGACUCCUGCAAUGAUGGUUCUUCAGCAGGGGAUAAACUCCUGGACUGUUGCAAUGACAGUUCUUUUACAGGGGAUGGACUCCUGCACCCAUGCAGUGAAGGUUCUUCAGUAGGGAAUAAACUCCUGGACUGCUGCAGUGAUGGUUUCUCAGCAAGGGAUGGACUGCUGGACCCCUGCAAUGAAAGUUCCUCAGCAGGGGAUGGAAUCUUCUGUCUUCUGGACUCUCCUUCCAAGCUGAAACUUGGCCAGGUUAUGUCUGAGGUAUUUUUACCUUGAAUUUGAGCUGGAAUUCUUGAAAUAUUGUGUUUUAAAUCCAAACUUUCUAUAAUAUUUAGCAAAACUUCUUGGUUUGGUUUUCCUUCAGACGUAUAUAUUUGUCCCAUGUUCAAACAAGGAUCAUUCUGCAAGACCCCUGUGUUUUCCUCAUUACUUUCCGAUGAAGCAUUGCUCCCCUUUGAAACUAAUUCAAGCUCUUCCAAGACAGGAGUAGUUUGAUUUUCAUUUUCUUUGUAAUCAAAUCUCUCAUACACCGGAUGCAAGCUUUUGGUUCGAUUUAUCAAUGAAAUGUUGGAGUCGCUGUUAAUCACUGAGGAAGGGAGGGUCAAUGUUGGGGUCCUUGUCAAUGUGUGCGGUGUACAGUCUUCGGCAGUUUCUUGGACUUUUUGAUUCUCAUUUGUCUCGCCUUCAAUGGCUGUGGAAAUUUGCCAAAUACUGUCUCUUCCUUCAACACGCUGAUUGGAUAAUAAACAUAUUGGCUCUUUUCCAGUAGAAGUAACCAUUCCUUCAUCCUUUGUUGGAUGGACAGUGCCUAUUGUGUUGUUCCCGUGUGUAACAUUUUUCUCUGGUAACGGUACAGAGUAGGCUUGUGAUGGGGAACUUUUGGACUCUGUCUUCUCAAUUAUUUCUGACUGAAGUAUAAUAUUGCCAUUUGCUUCUACUUCAUGUCGUGGAGACGCACCUUUACCUUCCAUUCCGUCAGCAUUUGGUUCAAUGCUUGAACCCAUUUCAUUAACUUCUCUGCACAAAAGUUCUGACUGUUUUCGAGUUUGAGAACUUAGGAAUGUCAUUUCUGUCUCACAGGAAUAGAAAGUUUUGUGUUCUAUAUCACGUAAAACAUGUGGUUUGCUCAUUGUUUCGUCCUGGAACAUCAGAUGUCUUGAUCCCGUUCCUUGGACUAGUUCUGUAAUACUUGUCAAAUUUCCCCAGUUUCUUUCCCCUCUCAUAUUAUUGUAUUGAUAUUUCAGAGACCUUCCUCUUUUCCUAAAUCUCUUGCGUCUCCGUUUUGGACGCCACGUGUUGACAAAAAUCGGCCAACAGUUGACGGUUGUCGCUGGAGAUUCUCCAGAUUCACUUAGUGUAGAAGCCUCAGAAGCCUCCCCCUGUGUGGAGUACGGCAAGAACUUUAGCUGUGUUGGACUCCACGACCACCGGCCACCGUAUGUACGCUGAAAACUGCUCACUGGGCUCCACGACCAUGCGCUCUGACAGUGUUGACUGACGCCGCCAGCAGGAGACGGCCCGACGCUAGGUGGAUGAGUGUUCGCCCCAUCCAUCAAGCUGCCGGGCCAGUUCUCAGUGCUUUCCGGCUGCAAGUUCCUCUCAUCCUCCUCACAGUCAAGUCCACGUUGCAUAUGGCACGUGAUAAUGCUGUUAGCCAUCUCAUCACCAACACU